UAAACAGACGGAGAGAAAUCGGUGAACACUGCUUUAAAGGAAGGGAAACCUGAGCGUUCGUUACAGCGCUACAGAAGGCAAAGGAAAGUUUCAAAUACCUGGGGCUUAUUCUAUGAAAAUUACUGAAUUAAGAUAAUGAGAAGGAUCCUUUUCUAUCAAGUCAUUUUCUUGGAGGAUACAGAAACAGAUCCAUCCAUCUAAAAAGAAGGGAGAUGGCAGCGACAAAGAAUGAACCCAAAGCCCAUAAGGUCCAGCUCCAACAGAAAUACUGGCUAAAGGCCACAAGUAAAACCAAGCUGCUGCAGCUUCAGGCAACAUGCCUGGAUAAGGUUACUGAGCAAGAGCACUACUAUGACACUGCUUUACAUGAGCUCGCUAUGACUCAAAUCUGGCUUAGUCAAAAAAAUCAACAGUGGCAUCUUAUAGUGGCUUCUCAGAAGCAAGAAACCAGGGGCAAUGCAUCUACCACUGAAUUAUCUCCCAAGAUGUGGAAUACUCUGCACCUGGAUACAACAGACGCCAGCCGUGUCAAGCUCCACACCCACAGCCUCACCAAAGAGCUCCCAGAGAACGGACUGACAGGAUCAGCAAACAUGAGCAAGCGUGAUGAGCUGCAUUUUCAUUCCAACAAAGCAACCAACGGAGGCAUUCAUAUGGAACGCACUCCAACUUAUGCUGAACUAGUAACAGAAAGAGAGAUAAUUACGUAUCUGGCACACUUUCUUCACAUUGGUUUGACAAAAGAGGAAGAAAGAAAUAUGACGGUAAACGACUUUUUGCAGCUAGCAGGAAUACAACAUUAUGCAAGCUAUCACCAUACCAAACAGGUAACAUACACACUGUACGGAAUUUAUACCAUUAUUAUACAGAUGGAUGAAAAGACUUCCAAGGAGUCAGCUACUAUAUUGGUGGACACAGAUAUUCUUAACGUAGCCAAGUGUUUUGAAGAAAUAGAAAAGUUAGCAAGCGACCUGGAGCUGCAACGUCAAACACCUUGAGUCAAUAAAGACAGACCUGGCAUCAAGUCAUAGAACCUUUAAAAACAAGGUCAAGUUCCUGCAGGAUCAAUAUUUCAAUGAAUCAAUUAUAAUAAAAUGAUCAACUUGCACUAAACAACACAAAAGAACUUAAGAAACUUUUAUCCUUGGAGAUUUUUGAAAUCAUGGUUGUCAAGCCAUCCGAUUUACCUUUUUUCCAGUCUUUAACUCCCUCCCCCCACCCCACCCCACCCCACCCCCCCGACAGCAGAAUCUUAUAAACCAAUUCAUGGUGGCACCAACAGCCUCUUUAGUGUAAGCACAUGUUACUAACCCCAGAAAACCUAAUACUAUAGGAACAGUUUCACAGUUAAUUUUAUUUUCAUAAGAUUACUUAAGUACUCAGAUAUUAUGUUUUAUAUCACCUUUUCUCUCUCUCCUGGCAUUGAGACCUUGCAGGAACAAGAUGCCUAUCAGCCCUCUUUUUAACAUUCAGACAGCUUCUGUUUUUUUUAAACUAAAUAAAAAGGAAGGAUCUUCUUCCAUGAAGAGCAAGAACACCUGUAUCCUAUCACCCUAAGAAAUCUUUGUCUCUGCUCAAACACAGGCAUUUACCAUGUCAGACCACGGCUGUGUAACUGCUACUUUUUCAGAAAGUAAAAUAUGGCCACGUCUUCCAUAUUUAAACCAUCUCGCACACAGGCAGAACUUGCAUGAGACAGAGGCAAAGCACAGUAAAUAAAUAAAAUCACCAUAUCACCUGCACCCUCAUUAUUUGGUUCAUUCAAUGCCUGCUUAUAUUCAAGCAUUUCUGGGCAAUUCCUAAAAGAGACAUUCAAAAACAGCCUUCCUAGAUCACAAGGGAGACUCACAAGGGUCUCCUUGCUGCUAUUCUACAGCAGUCUGGGAUAACCUGGGAUAAUAGGUUCUGGAUAAGAGGAAUUUAAAAGUUGUUAAAUGACUACAACCCACUAAAAGACACAAGCAUGCCAGAGAUGCAAACAAGCAGAGGCCGAUGACAACACGCACACUGGCACUAGCCGUCUCACGUGCUGGCACACUUCCCCCGUUUCUUCUCCGUGCCACCACGUGGUUGAGAAGUACAAUGUUUACCUGCUAGUUUAUUCAGCCUCCAGCUUGAGCCUGAGUGACUGGGACAGUAUUUUCAUGUUAAUAGCAGUGAAAAUACUGGAUUUUGACCUCAAGUGCUUAAAAAGGUUGCAGUCUUCAAAAACGGUGAGAACUGUAUUUCACCGUAAAUUUUUCCAUCUAGUUUUUGUCUUCUGAUAGAAAAUAUCAAUAAGAUAUCAACUUUAUUGAAAAAUACCUGGAAUGACCAACUUUUAACUUUCAUCCUUAUUAACCAGUUUGAAUGAAUAGUUUUAAUAUUCUCAGAGUAAAAUUUCCAAAAUUUUUGCUUCACAAUUAUAACAUUUUGAUUAUUUCAUCCAAUCCAGGAACAAAAGGAAUUGUGAAAUACUAGAUUUUCUUGCAGAAUGAAAAUUCUGAGUUUUGACCAUGUCUAGCCAACUUGAAAUCUAGGGACCUUCAACAAAGAAGCACGAUGCCUGCCCACAAGCUGCUCUGCCUGUUUUCGCAGUUUAGCACUUAUUCCUAUUUUUAAAAUGUAUGUUUUUCACUGCUGUAUGCGAGACAAAAAAUGCAAUGUGAAAAGAGGUGUCAAAUGUAAACUAAAAUACAGAAAAAGA